UACCAUCCCUUAGACCCUAAGAAGCGAGAGUUCCGAGUCCUCCGUCUCGGGUCAGUGGAUGAUGGCGAUCCAUUGUAUUUCUUGGAUGUCGUGUCUCUUGAGACACGUCCGAAGUACAGAGCAUUGUCGUACGUCUGGGGCAAUGGCAGGCCUAUCUGGCGAGUCUCCGUCAAUGGCCAAUUUUUGAACGUGCGCUGGAAUCUGUACACAUUCCUUGAAACCAUGCUAGACGCUGAGCAGACCGCCCUACCGAUCUUCAUCGACGCAAUUUGUAUUGAUCAAGGCAAUAUCGAGGAGCGCGGUAUGCAGGUUACUUUGAUGGGCGAAAUAUAUAAAUCCGCGCAGGAGGUGGUCGUAUGGCUCGGAGAU